GUUGUUAUAUUUACGGAAAUAAGAAGAAAAGUCAAAAGCUUCGGAAACGAUUCUCGGUUUCAAUGUUUAUGUUUUGUAAACUGAAACACUAUCGAUUAAGGUGCGCUAUUAUGCGGCAAUACGUGAAAAAAGCCUAGCGGUUAACCAUAUUACUCAAUGAAUCACACAGCACUUGUGUAGGUGACGAUACCAAAAGCAUCAUAGGAAAAUCACCACAACAAUACGACUCGCUCCAGCGAAGUGUGAAGAAUUAUGUGAACCCCAAGACUUCGAAACACAAACAUCGCCGACGAAUGCAUUGAUGAUUGCAUGCAUGGUGUUAAAAAUAGCAUUCAGUAAAAGUUACACGCUGCCGAUAGUAUUUUAGUUGCUUGGAAGAUUACUCUCAAGUGAAGUUGUAACUCAGUAACGAAUCCAGUGCCAUGGGAAACACACAAGCAGCCAGUGAAGCCAAAGACAGCAGCGUCCCGAAGCUGCCCAAGCAUAAUCUGGUAAAAGGGCGCAGUUUUAUGAAAUUUGGCAAGAAAAAGCAACUGCUGGUGGACCACGACGGUACCUCAACGAUGGCCAUUGACUGCAGCAGCAAAUCCGAGGUGGAUGCGGAGAACGAGGACGGUUUUUCGCACAUAUUGAUUGAUGGUAGUAGUGCAACAGCGACUCCAGCAUCCUCUAGUCAAGGUCGUCAUCUGUCUAAAUCAGCUGAUUCAUUGCUAGCGGAAGGUGCUAUCACCAAACGGGAUUAUGAGUUUGUCUCGGGAAACGAUUGCUUCGAAAAAUGCUCCAAAACGGAGACAGGAGCUCAUGAAGCGCAGCACAUCACCGAUAGUGGCCCUAUCGCGGUACCGCUAGACACCGAUAGUGCGGCUGACAUAGCUAUGGCCCGCGACGCUGCCGUCGCACUACCGGCGGCGGCGGCCGUAGCCAAUAACUUAGCAACGAUGACGACAUCAAUCUGUUCAGACAAUAACAACAAAGCACAGGCACACGCCAACGAAGACGACACAAACAAGUCGGUGACCUCCUUCAACGAAACCGGCAGCCUCGCAAUCAGCGCCACUCAGUCAGCAACACUUGCACAGGCAAACAAUUGCACCAAAACACCACAAAUACAACCAUCGCUGGAAGUGGCGAGCAACAAAUUACCGGCUUCAUCCGCUGCUAUAGCAACAAAGCCGAACCCAAACAGCCUCAGUAGCAAACUGGUUCUGGAUGAAGGCACAACAAAACAGCUGAACGUCUACAACUACGACCCGUCGUCCGGAUCGAUCGUAGUGACCACUGACUCCUGGAAACGGGCUCAAUUGCUCAGUGAGAACGUGACCGCACUUCACGGGAUAGAGGCACAAAGUAAAGAUCGUACCGGCAAGGUGAUUUAUCUACUGGAACACACCACUUCGUCCAGCUCGGACUCGAUCUUCACUGAUCCAUCCACUCCACUGGGGACGUUUGCCACGGAAAUCAACCAGGCCUACUACUCCGAAGAGGAUCUCCUUCAAUCGCAAGAAAACGCCGAGCUGACUCCAGUCACAAAGGAUCAAACUGUGACACCGUUCAAGUUUCAGCAGCUUAGUGUUCAUAAAAUUGAAUCGAUCGACUUAGAUGCUAAUAAGUUAAAGAGUGACGAGUGGAGGGAGAAAUUAGCGAUCUCUAAUGUGUCCAGUGUCAGUGUCAAAAGUAACAGUGAUCAAUGGUUGGAAAAGUGUCGCGUAGAAAAUGUUAGCUGUAUCAGUUUAAAUGGGCAAUUCAGUGAGUUCGAAGAAGAAAAUGUGAUUCCAGUCGUUUUCGAAGACGGCGAAGGUGAAGAAAUGGCGCUAAAUUUACGCAACAAUGCCGGCACACCUUGUGCCACGGUACACAUUCAAGCAGCCGAUGGACUCGCGACGCCAACAGAUGAAUGCAAGGACAAGAGCAUAUUCAAUGUCGCACGGGUUAAAAAAGUGGAGCUCACGGAAAUCAAAACGCCCAGUUCGCUUUACGCUACCCCAUUACCGAUACCUCACUCAGCCGAGCCAGUGCGAGCGAGUUCUAAUGAGCAGCAAUGGGCAACGCCGAAGCUCCCCGUGGGUGAGGGUAACGUUCUUCGUAAGGUAGUAUCGCUCUCUUCCGGCAAAGUCGGUGAAAGUACUCCCGUGAGCCGAAUAUCCCGUCCAACAUUUGUCCCGGAAAAAUUGAACUUUUCCGCGUAUGAAAAGUUUGAAGGUCAAAUGCUGAUGAACUGGCUUUCAUCCACUCUUCUCUCGACUAAUGUAACGGUCAACGAGCACGAGUUGCAUACAGUGAUGCUGCAGUACUGCACCAACCUGAUGGUGGCCGGUGUGAUAAAACAGAUUCCGGAUAAACUGGCACCGAUGCAGGAGACGUUUCGGCCAAACCUCAUGUACCAGUGGACCCAUACGGAAGUACCGUCGCCAGCACCAUUGACACCAGGUAGACUGGAGCCACACGUUGUUUGGCCACACAUAGUCCCAUCCACUGAAACGACUACCAAAACAGCCGCCCAUUCCACUACCGGCCCUUCGGAAGUAAACGAGGCAGAAGGUUUUAUAAAAACUAGCACCCCAAAGGUACCCAAAACCAAGGCCGACUCAACUGUUGAAGAUCUGAAAAACAAAGUGAGCAAGUGUGAAACAAUAAAUGACGUGAAAAGACUGAUUCGAACAUUCUUUAGUGAAGUAGAAAGCGGUGACGCUAGCCUGGUAGAGAUAGUUGAAGGGAAGAAUCGGAAGUGUUUGCUCAGUGAUCUACUGAACGAGACCGAAGUAACAAUUUACGAGACAGACCACAAAAAACUAGCACAAGAACCAGAUGCAGCUGAGAUACCGCCAAUAGCGCCUCCACUUGAUAGUUCGACAUCGGCACAGGAACCACGUACUAAUGGAAAUUUCUCAGUUGAAUGUGAUUCCAAUACCAAUAACGCUAGCUUGCCUAACAGUAUUCUUAACCGCAAAGAAUGUUCCUUGCCCGACGCUAACAGCAACGAUAGCAAUAGAAACCUAACUAACGGCACUGUGUUCAAUAACAAUGCUAACGAGACUCACGGUGCAAUGUACGUCUGUAGAAACUGUAUGAAACAAGUAGUUGUAACGAACGAGCGUGGUACCUGUGUAACCGGAAGUGACACCCUCGUAGGAAGUAGUUACGAGCCCGUAUUUCAUCAGAGCAAACGUUUCACUACACAGGAAACGCAAACUGAUCCCGAGAAAGCGAGCGAUGUUAUAUCUCCAAAAGCUCUUCCUCAAUCUUCUACAUUACCCCCACCACCUCCACCUCCUCCUCCACUACUUCCUUCCUUGUCUAAAGCUACACCACCACCUCCUCCACCCCCGCCUCCCCCUCCAGCACCACCACCACCAGCAUGCAUUCCACCUCCUCCACCAAUGCUACCAGGAGCCUUCACUAAUGCACCACCGGCUGCGCCUCCCUUACCACCACCACCACCACCGCCACCAUUUGCAAUACCACCAGCACCAAUGGCCAUGGCAAACGGUGCACCCGCACCACCUCCGCCCAUUGGUGCAACCGUUCCCGCGGGACCAGGUAAAUUACCGUCAAGUACUACUCAGAGUGGCCACGCUGUCAUGACUGGCCCACCACCACCAUUACCAUUACCAAUACCAACGCCCGGAGGAUGGUAUCACACAAAUACAUUUCGCAAGACCGCCGUGAAUCCUCCAAAGCCGAUGAAGCCACUUUAUUGGACUAGAAUAGUAGCGCCGAAGAUAAGUCCUGUGACGGAAACGGACUCUACAAGUGAAAGCGCAAUUGCUGAAGAACAGAAUAUAGCUCUCUGGCAGGAAUUAGAAGAGACGAACCUCGACAACCUGGAUGAGUUUACUGAACUCUUUUCGCGUCAGGUCGUAAUACCAAAAGUGAAGGAAAAGGUAGAAAAACCAGAGAAAACGAUCAAAGUGUUGGAUAGUAAACGAUCACAGAACGUAGGAAUUUUUGCCAAAAGUUUGCACGUGGAUUUUGUUGAGAUCGAAUUUGCGAUCUAUCAUUGCGAUACAUCGGUGGUAAGCUUGGAGGCUCUUCAGAAGAUUAUGGAAAUUAAGGCGACCGAUGAAGAAUUGGCCCAGAUUAAAGAUUGUGCGGAGGGAAAUAUACCCUUGGAUCCACCAGAGCAGUUCCUACUACGAAUCUCCAAUAUAUCGUCCUUUUCCGAACGCAUUUCCUGUAUUGUAUUCCAGGCCGAAUUUGACGAGCAUUAUAUUUCAGUAACUAGAAAAUUGGAGACGGUGAAGCACAUUUGCGAGUUUCUUAUUGAGAAUGAGCAACUCAAGCAUCUAUUCUCCAUUAUUCUAACUCUCGGCAAUUACAUGAACGGAGGUAAUCGAACACGCGGUCAAGCCGAUGGAUUCGGACUAGAAAUUCUCGGCAAGCUUAAAGAUGUCAAAUCGAAGGACAACAACAUUACGCUGCUGCAUUUUAUCAUAAAGACCUACAUCAGUCAGUGUCGAAAUAGUGGCCAGCUAUUGCAUGACGUGAAACUUCCUGUGCCAGAUCCUGGUGACUUGGACCGUGCUGUUCUGGUAGAUUUUGAUGAUUGCAGGACGCAACUGAAUAUGCUAAAGUCUAAAACUGACGAAUGUCGUCGUAUUACUGAAAAGGUUAUAGGUAACCCCACUGAAACCAACAUUCAACCCUUCAAAGAGAAAAUGGAGGCAUUUAUCGAAGUUGCAUCAAAAAGAAUCGAAAAACAAUACGGUAGACUGGAUGAGUGUCGGGAGAUUUUCGUUAAGACAAUGAUCUUCUACAAAUUCACGCCAAAAUCUGGAACACUUGAAGAAUGCAAGCCCGAACUAUUUUUCGAGCCUUGGACCUCGUUUUCCCAUGACUUUAAAAACAUUUUCAAAAAGGAAAUACUCCACAUCUCCAACGAACUAUUGAAGAAAACGAAACGGAGGCCACCAACCGCACCAAGCAAUCCCAAGCAGACAUCUUCCGGAAAACAGAAGGCCGGUUCCUUGAAAGAGCGUUUAAAACGUUUGAGCGGCAAGCAUUAGGAGGUGCAAGUUAUUCGGUACAACGCAUUUGCAUGACAUUCACAGAUAUACGAAAGCCUUGCAGUAUAUCUCUUUAUGCUAAAGACAAACAUUUAUUCGGUCAUCAAUAUAAUCAAAAAUCUUAUAUACGCUUAUCCUGGAGAAAUUACAUUGUUAUGAACACCAUUGUCAUAUCUCAGUAAAAAAAAUUGCAUAUUUAUAGUGUUCAAUAGAAUCGGUUGCUAAUUUUAACUCUUCAAACGACGAUAUGAUAGAUUAGUUAAUAAGACGAAGAGAAAGUAUUUAACUGUACAAAUGGUAUUAAAUAAAACUGCAUCAAACCUCGUUAA